UAAGAAUAUUUAUAAAGUUCUCUGAUAUAUGUUUUUUUUUCGUAAAUAGAGUAAUUGAAUAUGCUUAACAUAUCAUCAAUAAGUAGUUAAAAUAAUCAGUAUUUAUCAAAUUUAUUUAAUAUUAUUUAGUAUUAUUUAGUACAUACAGUAAAUUUGGUUUAAUCAGUAUUUUUCAGUCGUCUACUAAUCUAACUAUAAUAUAAAACAAAAGUCAACCGUUAUUUAUUUUCCCAUCUACAUACACUGAAGAUUAUAGAUUCUAUAAUACAAAUCGUCACAUCAUUUAAGUAUUAACUUCUUUUUCUUAUUUCUUUUACUGGUAACGUUGCAUAUAAACAAUCUAAACCUGAUUACUUGAAUAAAAUGUGACUGUAUAGGAGUAUACUAAUAAUUCUACGAUUUUUAAUAAAUCGAUCUUUACCGAACGAAUAUUUUGUUAUAUAAAAUUACUCUUUGUAAACAUUUUUACUUCCGGUUUGAUGUGAUCCAAAAUGGAGAAUUCUUUCAAUAAUAUAGAAGAUGAAAAUGUUGAUGAAAAAUACUCUAGUUUUUGUUCUUCUUGUAAUUCUGUCUUGCAAUCUGUAUGUAGCAUCGGAAUACCAUCGUUUCAUGAAUUAAAUAGUGAAAAUAACCUAAUAUCUAAAAUUGAAAAAAAAGAUAUUGCAAAACAUAGCGGAACGAUAAAUGUAAAUGAAUAUACGUUGGACGGUAAAUACUGUCGUAUUGAAAAAAAUACUUUUGUUAAAAAUACUGACACUCCUACUAAAAAUUUGAUAAUAGCAAUGAAACAUCAUACAUACGAAAAACAAAAAAUUAACAAAAAUGAUGAUGACAAAAUCGGUUACUCCAUAACGAAAAAAAUUAAAUAUAUCAAAUCAUUAAGUACAGAUUCUGAAACAAAAGAAAAUUACAUUACUUUAUCUGACAAUGAAAAUAAAACUUUCACAUCGGAAAUAAAGAUAUUAAAAUUUACAAAAAAAAACACAUCACCUAGUAAUGAUGAUAUUUUAGAAGAUAUUCAAAAUCGUCGUAAAAAAGUACUUAAAACUAUUAAAUCAAUAUUGUAUCUUUGUAACUAUAUUAAUAUUAUGCGCGAGGUUAUACUUCAACAAAUUCAUGAGAAACAGUCCAAUAAAAGAUACUAGAAAAAUUCUCAUAGAUAAAAUUUUUCUAUGAAUUAAAUAUUUUAUUAAUAUUUAAUAUAUUAUUUUAUUUUU